UGUCCGGCUGCCUUGUGACGCAAUCACGCUGCGCCUCAAACUAGUCGCGAAGAAGAACUGACCGUGCGGCUACAUUUAGCGCACUCACCCGAUAGAUAGUUAGGGGGGCUUUAAAUACACCCCAAGAAAUGUGCGCCUAGGUGUUGGCGCCGAAUUAUUCAUGCCCACGGAGCUGACCUAAAUCUACAAAAGGUGAUACUGAACCAUACGUCUCGCCAAAUUUUAGGUAAGGUUUUCGGAUGAAACUAAAGUAGCUAACCGUGGAGGGCUAACAGGUAUAGCACAUUAGCUGUUUUUGUUCUUUUGUUUGGCUACUUUUUCGAACUUGACUCGAUUUUUAUAGCCGUGUAUCCAUUUCGAACCGCCUUAGUUUGAAUUAUCUACAUAAUAUGUUGUCAUUGUAAGUGUUUUUCUAAUUGACAGAAUUCGUUGCGUUUUGUGCGACUGGCUUGUUGAUUAUCUCCCAUUAGCUCGCGGCUGUACAACUAUGAACAAUAGCGUCCAUGUGAUGGAUUACGGUAUUAAUCGCGGGUUGUUUAUUUAGUUGUGGUUCAAUCUGGAAAUUCCCGUGUGGUGGGAGGACCCUGAGAAUGUUUAAAGGGAUCGUUGCGGCUUCGUGGUAAAAAAAAAAAAAAUGCCGGUUCCCCCAAAAAGCCCCAAGACGUGAGGAAAGUCAGCCUGGAAGACGCGCAGCCGCGUUUCCAUGUAACUAAAUAGCGACGUUGCGACAUGUUACUCCAUCCUUUUAGUAAACACUGCCAGGCUCCGCGUGUUUAUGGAACACACGUGUAUGUAUGUGCAAUAUGUUGACAGAGUGUCUUAUUGAAAUCAUAUGACAUGCCAUUGCAGAAGUAUUGGGUAACGACAGAAAUAUGGACGUUGUUUGCUUUGCGACCCUAGGAGAUGUAUUGAAAUUAUUAUCUUUUUUUAAAUCGCAGUCAUGUAUUAAAAUAGUGUCUGAAAUAUUUUGAAGUAUUGAUUUUCUUUUUACUGAAAACAAUUUGUUUGAUUUAAAUGUUUUUCUUUCAAAUCCAAAAUCUAAGUUAUUUUCAGUUUUUCUUUUUUUAAUAAAAAAAAAAAUCAUAGACAUCAAUCCGUUUGAACACGGGAUGACUGGCAUUAAUUUAAUUAAUUAAUUAAUUUAAUAGGGACAGUGGACAUUGAUGAAGAUCUGAAAGAUGUAAAUAUGCCAGAUUGUAGCAAAAAAAAAAAAAAAAGCUAAUUUACAUCCUCUGUCUCUAGGCAGUUAACACAAAGAUACAAAAAGACAAAGAACAAAAGAUUACAAUAAAACAGUACAGUACAAUAGAUUACUAAGAAUUUAAAGGGUAUGUCAACCCCUGGGGAAAUGUUAAUAUUCCAUCAUUUAUCCAUAAACGCAUGCCUUUUGUAUUCAUAUCAUGCCACUUCGUGUAAUUACACACAAGAAAAUGAGAGAACUUUGGAUCGAUUGUCAAGCUACAACGACCGGCGCCCGAGAUCUGGCAGAUUGUGUGCGUGACAUCAUUACAAGUGAAGAGAGUGCCACCGGCCACUAGGGGGGCAGCGCCUGUCUGCAUCAAUAUAAUUCCUUCUAGUGAGGGGAGAAUUAGGGGUGUUUUGAGCUGUUUAUGCUGUUGCAUUGUGUUCGUCCUGCACAUAUUCCAGGUUCCCUCAUGAAGAAACACCCAUCGUUGUCGAUAAAAGAGAAUUCAGAAUUGACAGUGAGGGGUGUUUCUUCAACAAGAAAAAGGCUCAGUGCUUUAAUACUGAAUGGCAGUGAUGAUGGCAGACAAUUUUGUUUCUAGUUUCAGCGACGAAUCCGACGUAGAAGGACGUAACGAAUGUUCAUCUAAUGGUGACGAGGAUAGUUACGAAGCUUUAAUUGGUGUUUUAGGUUACCAAUUUGAGCCCAAACGAACGUCAGUUCAGCGUAAUGAAACGGUCAUUGAGGGGAGCAAUGACACUGAUGAAACAUCGGCGGCAGAUCGUGUGGGAAACACCGAAUGAUUUAUUUUGCAUUUCUUUUUGUGAAGCUGAUACACCGUGACCGCAAAAUAAUGUAUAGAAUAAUUAUCAUUUAUUGCGCUAUCAUAGCUUUUCGCUAUGCCAACAGACACAAAUAUGAAUGGGAUCAGAGGAUUUGUUCUAUAUAUUUUACGAGCGAUAAUUUAUACAUGUGUCCAGUCCUGUAUCCAAUGCGUGAUAUUUUUUUAUUAUAAAAUAGUACUCACUCUGGCCAUUUCGAGCUUGGCUGCUCCCCUCCUUUGCUUAGCCUUAGCCUCCUUUGCCAGUCAUCGUCCUCUUUCUUGAUAUCUCGGGACAUUUAGGUGGCUGCGUGUGUAUGGUGGGCAGCGCAUCUGCUUUGAGCAGCAAUCUUUUAUCAAAACCCGAUUUCACUUGUCCAUAGUUCGAGAAGCUUUCAGGUGGAAAAUGCGCACCACAGAAAACUGCUGGAGGCUCCGCUGGGUCUAGAAAAUUAGCCCUCUUUGCACGGACGAACUUUACCCAUUGUCUGCAUAGUCCAGCUUUUUUUUUUCGCGUUCGGGAACUCAUGGAUACUAUAUUCCGAUAAAUAGCUAUUUGUACACCACAUAGCACAGCAGUUUUAAACCAUUUUAGUGAUGUUUUGGUCAAACAAACCCGAACGCUACUCUCUCGUCGAUAAAAAACAAUGGCACCUGGCUCCGCCUCAACUUUCAUUCACUUGUAGUGACGUCCCCGCCCCAUUCGGCUGUUUCCGGAACACUUUCGGAAAUGUUCGUCAUUUUCGAUCUAUUUUCGAUAAUUGCUCAUUAAUGUGAUUGAUUUUUUUGUUAACUUUAUCAAUAUUUGUUAUCUUGGCACAUAACGGUUCUAUUGAUGUCUCACACCCCCUUUGCGUUUUCUUACCCUUUAAAAGUCAGUGAUUGCAGGACUUUUUUUUUUUUUUUUUUUUUUUUUUUUUUAAAGUGCGACAUGGGAGGUGGGGCGAGUCCAUGUAACACCUUGUACAUUAGACAAGCUGUUUUAAAAAUGAUUUUAAAUUCUCAAGGCUCAAGAUAUAGUACUUUUUUUUUUUAAUGUUACAAAUGUCGAAUGACAUAGGUUUUCUGGCAAAGACCUUUAACGAUUAAAUGAUCGUUUCAGUGUAACUGCUGGCAAUAGACGUCAGUGGCAGCCAAUGAUUAAACCAAAUUCAAAAUUUGUCAAAUCUAAGAAGUUCUUUAUGAAACUGAAAACUUUUACAAGCUUUCUGUUUUUGAACUUUCAUCUGUUUGGUUUUUUUAACGGCAGAAUUCUCAGUUUUUAUGUUAUUUUUUUCCCCCAUUUUCCAUCUUUCCCUUAGCAAUUAUGGGAAUUUUUUUUCUCCAAGACAUCUAUUUUUGAAAUAUUUAAUAAAUUAUCAUGUAAUCCAGAGAGGAUGUUAACGCUUUCAGAGACGGUGGACAUUUAUUCUAGGGCUGCAGCUAUCGAAUACUUUAGUAAUAGAGUAUUCUAGAGCUGUCCCGACUAGUCGACAUAGUCGACGUCAUCGAUGACGUAAAUCCGUCGACGAGCACAACAUCCCGUCGACGGUUAAUGAAGGGUUAAAAAAAUAUAUGCGCGGAAAGUUCAGAAUGUCGGAUGCCCUGUAUGCAAGCGGGGAAAGCGGCACAAAGCUAAAAAAGCGCACCAGAGUGUCCAAAACAUUGACUUAUUUCAAAGAAAUAAAAGAGGGUACACUCUUGUGUCCUGUCUCUUCACUGCCAAGCUUGGCUGCACGUCGGCCGUGAAUAAACACCUCAAGCGCCGUCACCGUUUGUAAAAAAUUUUUUUUGCAUUUUUUGUACACCAGAGGGUGCUGUCGCUUUACUAAAUAAUAAUGUUUCAUUGACAAUGGGCCUAUGCGUGCUAUUAGUAUUGCUAACUGAAAGGUUUAUUUCAUGUUAUUGUUUAUUUUAUGGUAUAGAAAAUUAUAUAACGUUAAAAGGUCAUAAAUAUAUACAGUAUAUACAGCGAUUGCACUCAAGGAAGAGAUUGUCAAUGAUAAGGUAAUAAAUUAAGGUAAAGGCAAUUCAUAUAGGCAAUUCAUUGAUAUAUAAAUAAGGUUUAAAAGGAAAAAGGUGAAAAGUUUUCGUUAAUUUCUAAUUGUGUUGUUUUAUUUGUGUGCACCGUAGCUCUUACAGUGUGAUUACAUAAGGAUGGAAUAAAAGUUGUAAACCAUCAGUUUAAGAGACCAUCUUUUCAAUCGGGAUGCUACACUAGUUAAUUCUAUCAGCAUUUGAAGUCAUUGUUUAUUUGUGAUUUAUUAUUGUUAUUUACGUGUUUAUUUGUACUUUAGUAAAUAAUUUAAGUGUUCCAAUAUGUUUUUUGUGAAUUGAUAAGCGUCAACCAAAAUUUCAUUGCUAAAUUAGUAAACAAAAAUAAAAAAAAAAAACAUUUUUUAAAAAUUAUUAGAUUAGUCGACUAAUCGUAAAAAUAGUCGGCUGACUAAUCGGGAGAAAAUUAGUCGUUUGGGACAGCCCUAGAGUAUUCUACUGAAAAUUUCAAUGAUUAAUCAAGUAAUCGGAUAAAACAUUUUUGGGGGGUAAAGAGCAAUUAUAAAUACGCUUGAGAAUACAAGACAUUUCACCUAAUAUUGGACCAAUUUUAGGACAAUCAAUGUCUUUGUUUUAGAUGUACAUUGUUGAAAACGGCCAACAAUUUCAUCUCAGAUGUGACUACAAAAAAAACGACAACAAAUUCACGGCUUUCACUCAAAAAAACUUAUGAUCUUAUUAAAAGAAAAUCUUAUUUCUUACUUUAAAAUGUCAUUAAGCUUGAUAACUCACCUCACUAAAAAGUUGGGUGCUUUCCCAGGUGUUUCAAUUCAAUUUCCAUGUGUGCCAAGCUAUUUUUAAGUUCUAGUUAAGGUUUAAGUGAGACCAAAUUGUAAAUCCUGAUAGGAUGUGGAGUUUUUGCGGUGUUCAAAAUAAAUGUAUGAUACUUGCUGUAGUGGAGCACAUUAGGCACCAGUGGUGUUUUAUCCAUCAAUGCCUAAUGAGCUAAAAUUGACAGUUAGAUUGAUUAUGUUUUUAUUUUACACCCUCAUCACUCUACAGCGCUGUUUUUACAGAUUAAAUAAAGCCUGUAUGAAAGAUGCUUUAGCCACGCAUCGACAGUAGUCAUAAUUUAAUAGAAACCUAGCCUUCCACAUGGCUAACGUUACGUUAGCAAGGUACAGUAACGUUAAUCUUAUUCAUUAGUGCUACGUUAACUUAAGUUGUCCUGAGUAUCACUCCUCCGCUCUCGGAGUAAACGGGUUGCCUUCGGUGGAGCUGUAGAAUGCUGUAGUGUUAUGCAAGCGCCGUCUUACAAUGAAUACAUGAAACAGUGUUCGCCUUGGUGUCCAACUCGAAAUGCUUCCACACUUUUGGCAUUUUCUGCUUAUGCUUGGUGCCUUUCUCUUCGCUUUUGUCGGCUUUUUCGUCAUUGCAUCUAUAUUCAUGCAUGGUUGAAAUCAAAUGCACCCGCCACCUCUGCCUUCCUCCUGUACGCACGUGACGUCAGGGCGUUGUGCAGCAUUAAAAGUAGUCCGGGCAAAACGUCAUGCUUAGAGCUGGCUAAAUUAAACGAUUCCUCAAGGCGGAGAAAAUUCCUCGAUGAAUUUUUAAAAUCGAGUUAUUUGAAUUAUUCGAGUAAUCAUUUCAGCUCUAAUCUAUUCAAAAGUUAACGUUAGCCUGACUCAUUCCAUGGCAGCCCAUGUGAAUGUUAGAUACGAAUGAGGUUAUUUUGUGCAUUCCAUGGUUGUUUCAGGGAAUAUGGAGGGUCUGCACCCGCACUGCCUUAAAUGCAUCAACCGAAGGUGCAUGGUGCGGCCGGAGGCAGGCCGAUCCUGUGACCUAAUGGGCUGUCCACAUGUCUGUGGGGCUGUCUUCCAUGCGUGCAAGCUGUCCGAGCACCGCCUGCUUUGUCCGUACGAGCGCUUGCCGUGCCUCAACAGCGGCUUUGGCUGCCCCUUUACCGUGGCACGGGCCAAGAUGGCGCAGCACCUGGAGACUUGCCCCGCCAGCAUCGUUUGCUGCACCAUGGAAUGGAACCGCUGGCCCGUCAGCUAUGCUGACCGCAAGUCAUACGAGAACCUGAGCAGGGACUUCGACGAGGUGGAGCAGCUAGACAUGGCGCUGGCCCUGCAGGACCAGCGCAUGCUCCUGGAGUCCCUGAAGGUCACCACCACUGUGUCCAAGGACGGCAAGGGCAACAACGACAAGAUGGCCACGGCUCCUGUCGGCGAGGCCACAAAUGGGGCGAUGGAGAUGGAGGAAGAGCCCUACAGUGACUUGUACCGAGCUUCAGUAGAGACCAGCCGGAGCUUGGCGGCAGCCUUGGACAUUCUCACGCACUCCAACGGCGCCGUCGGCCUGAAUGGGGAAAUUGGCGGCGCGGGGAAGAACGUGGACAUGCGAGAGAGUGACUCGGACUCUGAGUGCGAGCUGGGGGCUGUGGGAGGUGCGGACGAGGAAGACUGCACUCUCGGUUGGCCUGAGCAGGAUGACGAUUUCGUGGAAUUGUUUUUUGAUGACAAGGAAGACGCCAUCGAAGACCCGGUGGAGGAGGAAGUGGUGGAGCCCGCAUGGGUUGAGACGCCUCCGGACUAUCUACCCGAUGUGGUGGCGGGCCCCCGAGCGGAACCAUUAGUGGCGCCCGUGCCUUUCCUAUUCUCGGACCAGGUGAGGAACAACUUUUUGCACCAGCUACCCACAGAGCUCAGGUACCGCUGUCUGGAACGUAAACUCCAGAAUGCGGAGGUUCUGCGCGGCAUCAGCAUGUUUACUUUCCACGGGUACCUGUUCCGAGCCAAGAUGGAAGACAAGGCGGUGGACACGUCGGACCUGGAGGUGGCCGACGACCCCAUGGGCCUGCACGGGAUCGACCUGAUCACGGCCGCCUUGCUUUUUUGCCUAGGCGACUCGCCGGGCGGUCGCGGCAUCUCCGACAGCCGCUUUGUGGAUGGCUACCACAUCGACUUCGGCACACAGACCUUCUCCUUCCCUUCCGCCAUCCUGGCCACUGACACCAUGGUAGGCGAUAUCGCCUCGGCAUCGGCGUGCGACCACGCCAGCCCGCAGCUGUCCAACCCCAGUCCCUUCCACACUCUGCGCCUGGACUUGGUUCUGGAGUGUGUGGCGCGCUACCAAACCAAGCAGCGCUCCAUGUUCACCUUCGUGUGCGGCCAGCUGUUCCGACGCGACGAGUUCUCCUCGCACUUCAAGAAUGUGCACGGCGACAUCCACGCCGGGCUCAACGGCUGGAUGGAGCAACGCUGCCCGCUGGCGUACUACGGCUGUACCUACUCGCAGAGACGCUUCUGCCCAUCCGUACAGGGUUUCCGCGUCGUCCACGAUCGCCACCUUGGCUCCUUUGGCGUGCAGCCGGGCCUCCCCCUGAAAAGCGGGGACAAGCCACAGAGGAGCGCCCGCCCACGUUCGGGUUCCAAGUGCGACCAGCUCAGCGGUCUGCCCUUCGAGGUGCUGCAGCACGUAGCCGGGUUCCUGGACAGCUUCAGUCUAUGUCAGCUGUCCAGGACGUCACGCACAAUGAGGGACGUGUGCGCCAGCCUCCUCCAGAUGCGCGGGAUGGUUGUCCUGCUGUGGAAGAAGAAGAGGCGGGAGGACGGCUCGUUAUCGUGGCAGAUUACGGACAAGGUGUGGCGCUUCAGCACCGCCUUCGGCACAGUGAACGAAUGGAAGUUCGCCAACAUCACCAGCAUGGCCGAUCACCUGAAGACGUGCAAGUUCAACACAGUGGCGCGGCGAGAGGAGGCUAUUCCACUGCCUUGCAUGUGCUUCACCCGAGAGCUGACGAAGGAGGGACGCUGUUUACGCUCUGUGCUCAAGCCGGUAGCCUAACUCCUCAGACAAGUUCUCCUCCUCAGUGGAAAAGCACUUUGAGAAUUUGUGAAGUAUCCUUCUUGUCCAGCUUAACCUUUCCACUGCCAUCAGACUCCAAGCGCUGUAGCACUUCUGAUUUUAGAUGAACCCAGAUUUUGAGUACGCGGGUGAAAAUUACCACAAUUUUGAAGUCGUGAAGGUUUAGACAUUUUACACUCUUAGACUACAUAUAAGAGUAUUAAUAAAUGAGUACAGAACUAAGUGUUGUGAUCGAGAGAAAGUACGAUGGAGAUCUUGAAGUCAGUUGCUGUUUACUGAACAAUGUUAAAAGGUAAAAUCUCAACUUUUUAUUCUUGGUAAAAGAAGAGAUUUCUUUCCUUUGGUAGUUUCAGUUUUAGCCUAAUUGUACAAUACAAUUCGCCGGGUCUUGAAAAUCUGUUAAAAGCUCUGACGUCUGGCAGUUAAUGAGUUAAGGCAAGGUUGUACAGUAUGUACACACCUUCACCAGUAAGAAUUAGGCACAUGAGGAAAACAAUUGUCUUACUAGUAAUGUUUUUCCCAAAACGUGCUACUUUUGCUUCCAAGUACAUAACACCUUACCAAUUAACUUCUUGCACUAUUAACAUCCCAGCAGAAAAGACAGUCUUCCGCGCCACGGCAAAGGAACUUGAGGAAAACAUAUUUUAUAUCCCCACUUGUGUUAAAUAAACUCAUUAGGCAUGUGCCGGUAUGAUAUUCUGACGCUAUGAUAACCUUAAGCCAAAAUAUCACGGUAUUGCAAUUACAACUCUAAAAUGCAUUACUUUGCGAUACUUGGGUUUAAAUACCAUAUUGGCCCGAAUAUAAGACAGUGUUUUUUGCAUUGAAAUAAGACUGAAAAAGUGGGAGUAGUCUUAUAUUUGGGGUCUAGACGUUAUACCCAUUCACAACGCUAGAUGGCGCCUGAUAUCAUUGAAGCGUAUGCUGAACUUGGGGAGUAAUGUUCUGUCGUGACAGAUCUCACCUACUCUGAAGUUUAACCAGUUUGCAUUAUUUUAUUGCAAUGUUUUUCCUGAUUCAGAUUUGUUUCAAGACUACAGUUACAGUUAGACCCCACUUUGAUGGUUAAUCCAGUUAUUGCAAUUUUGUUGUUUUAUCACAAUAGAUUGGUUUAUUUACAUUUCAAAAACCAGAAGCCAUUCAUUUACGAAUGUGAUUGCACUUUAGUUUACAUAUUUAAAUGUUCAGAUAUUAAGAUUUGAAUGAGGAAAAAUAACAUGCUUUUUCUCUCACAUAUAUUGUUAUAAUCAUUUGUUUCAGGUGUACUGUAAUUAUUUUCUGUAUAAAAAUUGGUGUUCAAAAAGUCGCUUUUCAAACUUGAGUCUUGAAAAAGAGGGGGUCGUCUUAUAAUCAGAGCCGUCUUAUAUUCGGGCCAGUACGGUAAAACUUUUUUCCAUUGAACAGGAUUUUUUUUCAAAACAUCAGCACAUUGGAACAUACGUAUUAAGUUAAAAAACAUUUAAAAAGUAUUUAUAAUAUAAAUAAAAUUUAAAUAAAUGCAGUCCAUUAGGGGAGCCUAAACUCACAGCCACAGCUCUACAUUUAUUACCAUCAGAACCAAAAUAAUUGAAUUAUCUCCAUAAAAAGCACGUGUGUAAAACUCGUAUCAUGUCUACAUUAUAUACACAAUCUCUUUCCCAACACAGACAGUUGCUAGAGAUAGAAAAACACGUUUUACCACCGAUAGACACACUAAACAUCCUGGAGUUAACUUUCGUAGCUGGUGGGAAAUGUUCAUGAGUGUUUACUAACCUUUAAUUUUGUUUAAAUGCGAAAUCAUAUUGGAGGUAUUGCCUCCCCGGCAGCCGGCCUUCGCAAACAUGUAUUACAUGUAGGUUAGCCCUCCUCCUCUGUGCCGCAGGCGCCUGUAACUUUUCCGUAGCCAAAGUAUUCCCAUACCAGCGAUUUCGUUUUCUUCAAUGGGGAAAAAAGUUUCCCCACCUCCAGCCAUCGUGUAGCACAGUUGACUCACUGGCACUGAGAAACAAACGCUGGGGGGAAGGGGGGGGUUGAGCCUUACAGCUGCAAAUGAGGGAUUUUUCUGUGCAUUUUUGGGACAUAAAAAAUAGCUAAUACCUUAGGGGCGGCAUGACAGAAUUUUUUUGCGGUUUUGAAACCUUGACGUUUUCAUACCACGGUAUACCUUGAAACUGGUAAUCGGCACAUGUCUAAAACUCAUAAUACAACAUCAGACUUGGCUUGUUUUUCAAUUAUGUAUCCGGAAAAGGAAGGUGAUAUCUAUCCACCACCACCUUUUUUUUUUUUUUUUUUUUUUUUUUUUUGUUAACACAUAAAAAAUGUAAAUUGGGUCGUGUUCUUUUUUUCCCCCAAAUUAUUUUAAAAUAAAGUGUUCUAAAGAUAAAAGGACUGACAUCACAACGUGACCAAUUUCAAAUGCUAUCGUUCGCAGAAGUGAUUUUUAUUUGCAAAAGCGAUUACAAUCAAAUUUUUAAAAAAAAAAGAAAAGAAAAUGAGAGGAGCACUAUGAGAGAGCAGGCCUCCCUCAUGCCCCAAAAUAUCACUAUUUCUCAUCAUAGUAUGACCUAACCUGCAAAUUUCAGUUAAAUAGUGAAGGAAUCUGACCUUUUAGGCAAUCGCCGGAAUCAAGCCAGCCGAACCGCCAGACCCGCUACGGUCCAGGCCGGUGGGGCCCCUGGCAAUCUGGCCAGAAGGGCAAACUCGACGGCACGUUCACUUUAGUCUUAGCCCCUUGUACUGACUCCCUUUUGAAAGGUUUAAAGAAGGCUCGCUGAAAACAAGUUGACAAUGUAUUCGACAGAGAUCAAAAACGGCAAGGCGGAACAGAAACACUCAGGUGGGGAGGCAAAGUCGCUCCAAGGUCAACAUAUCAGAAGUUCCCAAGAAAAAUGACAACGCUUAGUUAAACAUUCAGUCUUUUGAAGGCUCUCGCUGGGUGAAGGGUGUGUUUGGGUUUAUUGUCUGUUUGUGGAUUGGACGGGAGGAUUCGGGAAUUCCUGUUGUCCGGGCAAGGAGGAUGUGGAUUUUGUCACCUCAGCAUCAACGGGGCUCUUGGAGUCUUGUCAGUCGUGUUAUGAGAUGAAUAUCGGGCGUUCUCCUGUGUUCCUUGUGUUAGGACCGACCGUCCCACCAUUUGUUGUGGACUGUCCGGCAAAACUGAUUGAGAGACUUGGUGGUGCAGUCGUGGGCUUGUCAGCAUCCAUCUUGCUCAGUUAGUUGUAUGACGCACGCGCUGGGCUUCCGUGAUAAGAAGGUGUUGUUUAUCUCUUAUGCCCUAUAUUCUGCUUGUUUUCCUUAAACUAGUGCUAUUUAUUUUAUAUUGGGUGUGUUAGAGUAAUCCAAACAGUUAGAUGGUGCCUAAGAGAAAAGGCACUAUCUCCUUCAAUAGUCUGUUAUCAAGUCAUCGUGAAAUUCCCUUUCUGACCUUUGACCUCAUGACCCUAAAUUUUAAUCACUUCUGUUUCACAUUACAAAUAUAUCCUGCAAAUUUGAUAAGAAUGAAUAAAGGGGCUAUCUUGAGCAAAAAUAUACAUACAAAACCAAAUAUAUAACUGCCUUACGUACGUUUCGCCUACUGAUGCAGGUAACUAUAUAGGUCAAAAUGCACUGGUUUGAGUCUAUCUGUGGAAUGAAACACAAAUAUUGCCUUUAAAGCCCAUUUAAAUGUGUAGAAGUAGGUCAAAAGUGGCACACGUAUUAUUGUUAAGAUGCAGUUGUUUGAACUGAGGGCAAAAUGUGUGCUAGAAAUUACAAGGGUAAGCUGGGUAGAAAGGAUACGGAACAAAUGCUCAAAGGGUAUUCCAUAUUUAAGUGUUUACAGAAAAAUGUCCUGAACUCUUUCCCUAAAAAACGAGCACAUCCACAACCACGCCACUGUUGUGUAAAUAAUCUCACGCUCUGAUUUUUAUUUUUAUAGCAGACAAAAGUCAGUACUGUGCGUACGCCAUCGGUGUAACCGUCGCGGCUUUAUUUCUUCGGGGCAACACCGACCAAACAUCCGCGUUAGCAGAAUAUUCGACGCGGUCAAAAGCAUCUGCGACGUUACCUCCCGGCUUAUUGUGCUGGCACGCUAAGCAGAGGCUAGUAGCCACCAGCUGCUGACCUGAAUCUGAAAAUGUAGCAGGUAAAUAAAAAGCAAUUUUGAAUGUAAACCAUCGGAGUGUUUUGAAAUGGCGAGCGUAAGAAGAAGAAAAUGAAGAAGCACCCGCAGGCACGGGAUGUCGAAUAAUAAUAAACCUCGCCGUAGAUUUGUAGCAUAAGAAAAUGGCGGACUCACAACGUGUCACACGUCUUUAACCCCUUGACGCCGGGUUUUUGUUUAUUUUUAAUGAAGAUUUAAGUAGAUGCCAAGUCAUGUUUAAAUAGUUAAUUAAAAUGUAUGAUAAAAAAAAACAAUAAUACAAUUUAAAAAUACAAUUUUAUGUAUAAUUCAAAUUGACGACAACCACUGUGUAUGUAAAAAAAAAACUGCUCCUAUCUGAUGUGUGCAUUAUGUGGUACAAUAGGCAUCAAGGGGUUAAAGUUGGAAAGAAAUAAUGAAAAAGUGAGAUUGAUCAUAUUUUAGGUAAAAUUUUAAAAAAUAGGUUUUUGGGGAUUCAGAACGAUGCUUAAAAGUAUUUUAGUCCCAAUUUUUUAAAUUGUAUUUUUAGCCAAAUGAAUUUCUGAAAAACUAUGGGUCGACAGAAGGAUUUGGCACCUGCCAAUUGAAUUAGGAAUGAUUUGUUAAACAGUGGUUUAAAACAACAUUAAUCUCACUUUACGUCUUACACGACCUUUAUAAGAAAAGCUAACCAACGGCCAAGGCGAUUGUGCUCAUUUGCUCUUAAAGUUACAACGAGGCCUCAGUGUUAUUAAAUAUAACGUAGCAGUGUGUUGCAGUGUUGACAUGAACAGAUUUACUGUACGUUUUUAAUAUUUACUUCUCGGAUCUAGAUUUUGGAGUGACUUUUUUUUUUUUUUUUUUAAGACGUUUUAUAUGUCAAAGUAUCAGAAUGGAGCGAUUUGUUUCAUGUUUUUUUUUUUUUUUAACUCUUCCUAGUACU